GGUGGAGGCGGCGUCAUCUGGUGGCCACUGAGGAAAGUGGUGCUGCGACCAGUGGUGGGAGAUUAUGAUGUCCGUUUUAUCGUAAUUUACUGCUUCCAGGCGGCGGAUCUGAUCAAAAUGCCAGUCAAACGGUAUAGGCGGGAUCAGAGUGAAGUCAGCUGCUGCCUUAAAUAUGUAAUAUUCGGCUUCAAUGUCAUAUUUUGGUUGAUGGGAUUAAGCAUCUUAGCGAUUGGAGUAUGGGCAUGGACGGAGAAAGAUACAUUUAAUAACCUCAGUCGACUCACCAACAUCGCCCUUGAUCCAGCUUUUGUACUCAUUGUCACUGGGUUGAUAACUUUUACCAUUGGUUUCACCGGGUGUGUUGGAGCCCUGAGGGAGAACACUUGCCUCCUAGCAUGUUAUGCUAUCUUUCUGGCCAUCUUGCUGCUCCUGGAGAUGACAGCGGGCAUUCUAGGAUUUAUAUUCAAGGAUUGGAUAAAAUCCCAAGCUACCAAUGGGUUCCAAGCAUUCAUUGUCCAUUACCGUGAUGACCCAGACCAGCAGAAUCUUAUUGACUGGAUACAAGAGAAAUGGUUAGAGUGUUGUGGCAUUGAGGGCCCCAAGGACUGGGACCGUAACGUUUAUUUUAAUUGUUCUUCGGAGGCUGUUGGCUCUAGGGAGGCCUGCGGAGUCCCAUUCUCAUGCUGUAAACAAAAAGCUAAUGAAAUAAUAAAGAACAAACAGUGUGGUUAUGAUGUGAGAAAGCAAGACUAUGCUCCACAGCAUGGCGAUCGCUCCCUGGUUAUUUACGAUCGUGGAUGUCUACGAGCGGGUGAAGAAUGGAUAGAGUCGAACCUAGUGCCUGUAGCAGGGGUAGCAGUGGGGGUGGCGGUGCUGCAGCGACUCGACGCAUCACAUAUAUAUGAAAAAGGCUGUUUACAAGCAGGAGAGGAGUGGUUAGAAAGAAACCUGCUCUUUGUUGCGGGUGUAGCAGUAGGAGUGGCCUUCUUGCAGAUCCUCGGCAUCUGCUUUGCUCAGAACCUGCGAGCUGACAUCUACGCACAGAAAGCAAAAUGGAACUGACGGUUAGCUCCUGCUGCGGUUUAGUGAUAAGUCUGCGCACGCUCCAGAACACUUCUACAGUAACUUUAGUUGAUCAUUCUCAUUAUCACAAAGCUGAAUUUUUCUUGUUUGAUCCUCUCAUUGUCAUGAUAUCUCAUUUAGUUCCUCCUGAGAUUAGAGGUUUGUUUUAAAAUGUUUUUAUUAGUUUGAAAAAUGUUCAAAUACAGAAUAGAUCUGUUUAUUUUAACCACAUUUGUAUUGAAAGUUUAGAGUAGUAUUGCACUUUUUUUUUUACAAUAGUGAUGAUUUCCAGUACAAGAAAGAGUCAAACUGACUCACCAUAAUUUAUGUAUUCUCCACUACCCAACUUUGUCAACAUUGUUUUCUCAGUUCUCAUUGUGUAAUCCAUUGUCCAUUGUUCACCUGAUUUGUUAAUCAAAAUAGUGGCAUUCUGUUACUGACGUGGUGAAUGUCAUGACAUGUUUUCUGUAGAUGAUAAUUUUUUCUGGAGUGUGUUAAUUUGCCCUCCCCCAACCCACCACACCAGCCCUCUGUAUGAUUAUUCCUCUUAAUAUCUUGAGAGGAUGUCGUCUUUAUUGUCCCCCAAGUAUUUUGUUGGGUAAUGGCAGAGGGUUGUUCUAUCAACGGGGGCAGGGUGCAGCACACUAGUCAACAUAACUACCACCUGUUGACUGUGAUCAAGUGUGACGGGAUCAGUUUGUCGUGAAUUAUGGGUACUGUAGGUAAUACUUCCCUGAGACUAUACUUUCCAUCAGUUUCACUGGGAAGAAUAAUAAAGUUCUCACAGAAAACCCUGCAUAAUGCUCGAUAAAUUCUUGCAGAAAACCUGCAUAAUGCUCGUUAUCUCUGAUCUCGUCACCCAUUGUACACACAACUGACUCGCCGCAGCAGGAAUAGUUUUAUUAGUAAUGAGGAGUUAGAAUCUCCUUGCCAUACGUUUAUUGUUUGUGAAUGGAAUCGAGGUGCACAAGAGUGUAUAUUGAUGUUCAAGUAUGAUUGUCUCCGAUUUUACAAGGUCUGCAACACUCAAACUCAUGAUAAGGUCUGCAACACUCAAACUCAUGAUGAUGGAAAAGUUUGCAUCCAGAAGGAUGGUUCUGCUUGCCAAUGGACACAAAUAUUUGGCUCUGGUAAUCCAGGAAAUUGCUUUGAGGGCAUUGCAUGUUGCUCUCCAUGUACAUGUUUUGAAGAGAUUGCCUACAAAAAACAAAAACAAUUGAAAUUAGUAACAAGUACAUGAUGUUCUUGAUAUUUGUAUUUUUUUACAGUCCUGGAUAGUGCAGGUAUUUGUGUAUUUAAUGUCAGACUUUUCAUUAGGAGCUGUUAGGGCACACAUUUCUCGAAGAUUACAAUUUUUAUCGAGUGUGUUAAAUUAGUUUUAUAUGAAAAACUCAUAGUGGAUGAUAAGGCAUUUGUCAGAUAGGUCUUUUAUAUUAUUAUUUGUAGGAACUUAUUCAAAUUACGUUUGUGUUACAGUGUAAGUUUUAUACGGUGUAUGUAUCUUUCCUAAUGUAAUAGUAUGUAUUGUAUUCGUCUUUUUGAAUGAAUAGUCUUAGGGUCAAGUGAGACCUCAUUUAACCCUUGGUAAAUGUGAGCCUUCGUUCCACUUCACAUGAGGCCAAAUAUUAGACCCAGUAAUGGGACUUCAAGUUGCCAUAUCUAUUUUGCUCUCUCAUGUUGAAUUCAUCAUGGUACAGUAUUUCUGGAAUAUUUAAACAUGGGCUCUGUGCAGAAAAUAUAAUUUAAUCUACAUUUUCAGAAGAUUUACAAGUCUGUCACUGUAUAAUGUACAUUCCAUAUACAUUAGUGUAUGCUGGGCGGUUGUGCUCAUUUACAGCUGUACAAUGUUGUUUUCAGUAGAGCCAUCGUCUUGCCAGCCCGUGUCUAAUGAAAGUGACCGAGAGAAGUGACUUGCUUGCAUGCUGUUAGUGUUUUGCUGCUAGUCCCAUGCCAUGAUUUUACUUUGCUUGUAUGUAAUAAGAAGGUUGUUAUGCCCGGAGUUUUAAUCACCCUCUUCUGUUGAUGGGGAUAUUCGUGUUUACAACCAGAGUUUUAAAAAUUUUGAGUCAUGAAUGACACUGCACUACAGUGCUUGACAGGGAGAUGUGGUGGUAAAAUUAACUAAUAAUGUUGGAAUUAGUUUAUUUUACUGCCGCACCUCCCCGACAAGUACUAUAGUGCGGUGUUAUUCUUGACUCAAAAUUUUAAAACUGGUUGUAAACACGACUACCCCCAUCAACAGAAGAGGGUGAUUAAAACUACGGGUGUUAACCACUUAGCAAAGUUAAAAACAUGAGUACUGUAUUGUAAUAAAUAAUAUUUCUACAUAGGGUAUUACUAGUUGGGGAUUCUUUUCCUAGUAUUUUAGAUAUUCAUAGAGAUAUUAAAACAAGCCAAAAAUAUUGUUCUGUGCUAACUGUUGAUGUAUGGCUGCUGUCUGUGUAUUUAGUCAAAGUUCAUUUUAAGAUUUUAUAUAACUUUUAAAGUGGCUCUCUUUUCUUUCUUUCUUUUAUACUGGUAGGUAUAUAUUGAGAGUUUUGUAUAUAAGGUUUAUGCUUGGGAGAAUGCUUUGCACAAUGUAGCAGUCAUGAUGCAUAUUUAUCAUAAUCUACCUACUAUAACAGUUAGAAUUUUAAGGAAGUGGCAAUUAUUCUUCUGUUACUAAGAAGGAUUCACAUUAAUGUGAAUAUUAAGUUUGUAAAUCACACUCCCAUAAGUGUUUGUCAUAUCAUGUAGGUUUGAUUUACAAAUUGUUAUAUUGCUAUGUAAUAAAGUGACAAAACUUAGUGUUGUGAAGGGUGAGUGAAGAGGUACACCCAAAGAGUUUCUUGCUACUUACAGUGUAUAUCAUUCCUACAGACAGAUUUACUGUAUGUAUCAGUAUGGGUUAACCCUGUAAAUAAGCCAACUAUAUGUAUUACCACAUCUUUUAUAUCAACAGUGUGUAGCAUAUUCUUUUGCUCCGUUAUAAUGUUGAUGUGAGAUCUUGCUUUUGUUGUGUAAUGUGCAAGUCAGUUCUCAUUGUGCUCUUUGAGUGUACUUUAUUGAAGGUUGAUUAAGUAAGAAAUACUAAAAGAUUAGACUAUUUAGUAUCUUACUUUAUUACUGACCAAAUUUUAAAACAAACUCUUGAAGUGAAAAAACUCUUCAAUUUUUUUUCAUGGCCAUGUUGUUUGAAAAAUAAAUAUAAUAAUUUGGGGGACUAAAAUUGAAACUUUCCAGAACAUGAAUAUAUAUAGUAGUAUCACAGAUGGUUUUAAUGUGUGAAACCUUGAUUUAGUAUUUUAUAAAUGUUCUGAUGAAAUUAAUGAGCUACACUUCUCAGGAAUAGUGUAUGAAUGUUACACUGAGGAUUAAUUUCCUGGUGUCCCAAGUUUUUGGAUGUGGAUUGAGCCCAGUGUCAGUCAAGCAGUAAUCUUUUCUUUUGUCAGCAUUUUCUUUUUCAUGAUAUUUGAUAUUGUGAACUUGGUAUAUUAGUAAACUUGAACUGUAAGUGAAUGAGCAUUGCAUUCCAAGGAUGUACACUUUUUUUAUGAGUAUGUAAUCAUUUCUUAGCCCUAUUUGCUCAACAGGGUACAGAGGAAACUAGUAUCAAAUAACUCGUUCCAAUGUGGAUUUUUGAAAGAUUUCACCAUAUCUUAAGAAAAAAUUUGCACAAUUAUAAAACAUUGAGAGCGCUUUAUGCCAAUGGGUAAUUCUGGUUGUCUUAACUUUACAAUGAAUUGAUCAAGCUACCUUUCCAAUGUUAACACAAAUAAAUGUUUGUUCUUGUAAA